AUCUGCUACAUUCUAAGAUUCAUCCUAUAUAUACAACCAAUCCAAAAUUCUUCAACAAAUCAAACAUAUUUUCAAUAAAUUAUUUUUUCUAGUAAAAUCAAAUUCAUAUAUUAGUACACUAAUAAGAAGGAAGGUUUUUAUUUCCAUCCUAGUAGAGAUCAUAUAAAAUGGCAUAUGAGAAGGUGAUGAUGAUCAUGGUAGUAUUCGCGGUAAUGUUGGUGUCUACACACGCUCAAGAUCCAAGCACGUCAUGCAUUCAAGCAUUGAUGCCUUGCGCGCAGUUCAUCAAUGCCACUACCAAUCCACCACCAAUGUGUUGCGGCCCUCUUACGGAGGCGUUCAAAACACAGGUGCCAUGCCUUUGUAAUAUUUUCGAGAACCCUGAACUUGCCACCACUUAUCAUGUCAAUAUGACCCAGGCCAUGGAGCUCCCCACCAAAUGUGGCAUUAAAAAUGUUGAUACCAGUCUUUGUAAAAAAGUAAAAGGAGCAGCACCAACUAAAUCUCCAGUAGCUGGUGGUGAAACUACAACUUCAUCUGAAUCAUCUCCAAGUCCCGCAGGAAAGAGUGCUGCAAACAUCGUUAAACGAGCGGGACCAAUUUCUAGCUUGAUGUUGGUAUUGGCGGGAUUAAUGUUCUAUUAGGAACGUCUACACUCCCAACUGGGAUACACAUAUAUAAUUCUUGAUUCAUGCCAUUCUUAUUAGUGUAACUACUCGUAAAUAAUUAAUAUCCGUGUUCAUACAUAGUAUGGAGAACGGAUUAUAAUGAUUUUUUUUUUUUUUUUUUUUUGAGAUUGUAUUAUUGGAUUGAUGAUUUCGAUCUCUUCAAUUGGUAACAUUGAGGUUGUAAUGGAUAAUUGGUGGUUACAUGCAAUUCUUUUUCGAAUUUCACAAAUAAGCUCUACAUUGUUCGAAAUUUAUAUUACUAACACAUUGCUAUAAUAAACCUCACAAGUCAUAAUUUUGCAUAUCAUCGAUAAUAGUUAAGAUAUUAACCUUUUGUACGUACUAAUA